GCUCCUGGGCUCGGCGGUGCGGGCGAGCGUGAGCGGAUGUUCAGUUCUUCACGAUGAAUGAGUGCCAUUAUGAUAAGCGGAUGGACUUUUUUUACAAUAGGAGCAACACGGACACUGCUGAUGAGUGGACAGGAACCAAGCUUUUGAUCGUUUUGUGUGUUGGAACAUUUUUCUGCCUGUUUAUUUUCUUUUCUAAUUCUCUGGUCAUCGCAGCUGUGAUCAAAAACAGAAAGUUUCAUUUCCCGUUCUACUACCUGUUGGCCAACUUAGCUGCUGCAGACUUCUUUGCUGGAAUUGCCUACGUCUUCCUGAUGUUUAAUACGGGCCCAGUUUCAAAAACGUUGACUGUCAACCGCUGGUUUCUCCGCCAGGGGCUUCUGGACUCUAGCUUGACCGCCUCCCUGACCAAUCUGCUGGUUAUUGCUGUGGAGAGGCACAUGUCAAUCAUGAGGAUGCGGAUCCACAGCAACCUGACCAAGAAGAGGGUGACGCUGCUCAUUUUGCUUGUCUGGGCCAUCGCCAUCUUCAUGGGAGCAGUCCCCACGCUGGGCUGGAAUUGUCUCUGUGACAUCUCUACCUGCUCAUCCCUGGCCCCGAUUUACAGCAGGAGUUACCUCAUUUUCUGGACUGUGUCUAACCUCGUGGCAUUCUUCAUCAUGGUUGUGGUGUACCUGCGGAUCUACAUGUACGUCAAGAGGAAGACCAACGUCUUGUCUCCCCACGUAAGUGGCUCCAUCAGCCGCCGGAGAACACCCAUGAAGCUCAUGAAGACAGUGAUGACUGUCUUAGGGGCGUUUGUGGUCUGCUGGACCCCGGGCCUGGUGGUGCUGCUCCUGGACGGCCUGAACUGCACUCAGUGCGGCGUGCAGCACGUGAAGAGGUGGUUCCUGCUGCUGGCACUGCUCAACUCCGUCAUGAACCCCAUCAUCUACUCGUACAAGGACGAGGACAUGUACAGCACCAUGAAGAAGAUGAUCUGCUGCUUCUGCCAGGAGAGCAGCCCCGAGAGGCGCCCCUCCCGGGUGCCCUCCACGGUCCUCAGCAAGAGCGACACGGGCAGCCAGUACAUAGAAGACAGCAUUAGCCAAGGCACAAUCUGCAAUAAAAGCAGCAGCUCCUAA